UAUAGUUGUAUCUACAGACUACAAGAUUUAUGAAUAAAAUUAAUGAAUGUGAAUGAUUCAUGUUACCAUUUUAAUAUUAAGUAGUAUAAUAUUUAAUUUGUAUUAAUAUCUAUUGCUUGUCUCAAGAAGAAAGUGGUAAAUCUUUAAUAAUAUAAGGUGUUAUUUGUAUUUACAUUUUUUGUAAAAUAUUACCUAUAUUAAUUAAACUAUUAGAAUUUUAGUUAUAAGGAAUUAAAUCUCUGAAAUGUAAGAUAAGUAUUUUCGUACCUACUAAUAAUAUUAUAAUUUAAAAUAACCUUAUUAUGUGUUUCAUUAUGAUUAUUAGUGUACCUAUUCAAUAUGCCUAAAAAGUUUGUUGGUAUGAAUUCUAAAGCUUUAGAAGCGAAAGCAAGACGAGAUCAAAUUAAGCAAGAAGCAGAUGCUAAAAAGAAACAGGCAAUUGAGGAUGAAUUGUGGAGAGAUGAUGACAAGUCUGUUGUUAAAAAACAAAAAAGAAAGGCAAGUUUUAUUGAUAAACCUACAAAAAGCAGAUUUUUUAAAAUUACCUACUAUUAAAUUUUCAAUGGUUUUGACAAGGUACUAAUCAUAGUAAUUUUUACUAAUUAACAAAUAAAAUUGAUUAAUUUAAUUACCCGUCUACUAAAAUUACAAACAUUAAUAUUAAAUUAGAAAUAAAUACAAAUUAAGUAUAUUCAUGCAACUUUAAGCUUACAUUAUUUUGAACUUUGGUAUGUUUUUACUAGCUUUCCUAAUUAUUAAUACAAUAACAUUUACAAACAUAUAUACUUUAAAAUAUUCCAUAAGUAUUUUUAUAUGAAUAUUUAAAUUUUAUUUAGGUGAUGGCAACAUAAAUGUUAUUAUUUAAUAAUGUUACCUAGGCAGAUACUUACAAAAAAAAUACUAUAAGCAAAAAUUGUUUAUUUUUCUAAAAAGGUUAUUAUUUUUUAAAUGGAGUUUGGUUAGGUAUCAUAGAGGGUAUUGUUUAUAUAUAAAUUAUUUUACAAUAUAUAAUUUAAAUUUUCAGUUAGAAGAUAAUUGUAGUGUAAGAAGUUAAGUCUAAUUCUACUAUUUACACCGUUUUGCCUUUUUCACAAAGAAGUUUCACUUGUACUGAGAUGUUAUGAAAUAUGUCUAUGUUAUGAUAAAUGUUAUGAAAGUGGUUAAUGUUAUUAUAUUUAUACUUUUUUAUGUAUGAUAACUGAUGGUGUGCUAUUAGUUAGGGUGCAUUUGUCUAUGAUUAAAUCUAAAAAUAAGAACAUUGUCUACAUUAGUACAUUAGUUUUUUUUUUUGAUAGUUUAAUUUUAAAGCUAGUUACGCUAGUAUGUAAAAUAUUAUAAUUUUAAAAUCAUUAAAAAUUAAAAUAUCGAAAAAAAAUCCAAUAUAUCAAAACAAACAAUAUUCUAACCUUUAAGUUUAAUAAUAGGCCAAUAUACUCUUAAUAUUAAAAUUAACGACAAUAAAUAUAUUAAUAUAUAAAUAUAACAACAUUAACUGAUUUCACAAUAUUUACUGUAAAAUCUACAUGUUUAUUAAUUUAUUUAAAAUAUCAGGAAGACAAAGAAAAGAAAAGGAUUGAUCAAAUGGAAAAGAAACGAGAAGCUCAAUUACUAUUGGAAGCAGAAUAUGGGGAAAUUAAAACAAAACCAAUCACCCAAAAAAUUACAAGACAUCAACUUAUGGUAUUGUAAUUUUAAAAUUGUAAAAAAAUAUAUUUCAUGCAAUUUAAAUAUGUUUAGAAAGAUCUUGAAACUCCAUCAAAUCCUAAGCCGCAACCUAUUUUAAAUGAUGAAAGUACAAUUGAAGAAAACCUUAAUCGUUUGACUAUGCAUGAUGAAGAGGCACGGACAGUUGAUGAAGCUCUUAAUAUGCUAAAGUAAAUAAAUUUUAUUUGUUGAGAAUAUUGUGAUUAUUGAAAAUAAAUAAGUAACCAAUUAAAUUAAAUUAAAUUUACGUUGGAUAGUUCCAUGUAUAGUGAAUUUUUUAAAAAUAUUAUUUUGGUAUACUGAGGUAGCCACCUCCUUUUCAUGAUAUGCAUGUAUAUGUUAAUCAUUAUCAAUCAAAUUUACCUAUUUUUUUUAAUAUUAAUAUCAAAAAUAUGGUUAUUUUACGAUAAUUUAAAAAAAAAAAAAUAUUCUUGAUAGUUAUAGUAGUAGUAUAAUAUGGUCUAAUGAAUAAAAUAAAAAUGGACGGACAUACUUCAUAUGUGGAUGCAGCCAUUGUUGUAGGUGAGAAGUUAGAAAUGUAGGCUACAGACGUGAAUUUAAUGUAUAUCUAUAAGCAAUGGUAAAUCAUUGCUAACCAAAAAACCAAUUUUGAGCCUAGUUCAGUUGAUAAUGUUGCUUUGUCAACAAUACAAUAUAAUAGUAUUAUGUCAUAUUAUGGUAAAAUUAUUAAAACAAUGUGUGUUUCCAUGACAACAAUGAUUGUUUAAAAAAGAUUAAAAUAAUUUAAACUUAAUUAACAAAAAAUAAAUAAAAAGGGUUGCCAAUAAAAACCUUAUUUUUAACCUAAAUACCGAAGUUGUCCUCAUUAUCUCAGAUCUUAAUGAGAAUUUCCAAAAAUGACAUCUCUAAAGUACCACCCAGAGAAAAUUUAAUUUUAAAAAGGUGCUAUACUUGAUAAUCAUAGUAUGUUUUCUGAUAGAAAGUGUUCUAUAAAAAAAAAAAAUAAACAUCAUUGUAAAACCAUUACAUUCUUUGUUCCACUCAGAAUCUAAAAAAAUAAAUUUGUAGUGUAAUCAAAACAAUUUUUAUAUUUAACAUUUCUAAUAACAUUACAUUAAUUUAUUUUAGUAAGAACAUUAAAAAAAAAAAAAAUGGUUUAUUUUUUGCAAACAUUAUUGAAAUAUAACACUGAUAAAAUGAUUUACUAGACAAAUUUUGCUAAAUUUAUAAUUUUGUUACAGCUCUACUCAAAGUGUUUUGGACAAAAAUCCUGAAAAAAGACUAAAAGCAGCAUAUUCUGCUUUUGAAGCAGACAAUUUGCCAAGAUUACGUGCUGAGAAUCCAACUAUGCGUCUUUCUCAAGUGAAACAACUGAUGAAUAAAGAAUGGAUGAAAUCGCCAGAUAAUCCUAUAAAUCAAAGAUAUGUCAAUCGAAACUGAAAUGAUUUUAAUGAUCUUUCAAAUACACUAAAAGUAUACUCAAGUUUUUAUUAUAUUAGUAUAAAAAUGUGAUCACUUAUUUUUUUAUAUUUUACGUUUGAAGUUAACCCGUCACUAAUUGCACUGGGAAAAUAAUCUCCUUUUGCAUUUAUUUAUAACAGUUUUUAUGUGAGUAACAGAACAUCACGUUUGUUGUCAAUAUUAUUAGUAUAAUAAUUAUAUAAUAUAACAAGUUUAUUGUCAGUUUUAUUAGUUUGAUUAGGGCAGAGAGUUAUAGGAUUUGCAUGUUUUUUCUGAGCUUCUAUUUCAUAGCAAACUAAGAUAUAAAUAUUAGUCAUAAGUCUCAAAGGUGAAAUAUUAAAUAGUAUUUUUGCAUAUUUUGAACAUUUCAAAAAAAUAGUAAUUUGUUAUUUUGUGCGAAUUUCAUGCAUAUUCUACAUAUUCACACAGUUUUGAGAAAAAAAUUACCCAAUUUAUAAUUGAUUAAAAACUUUAUGGUAUUAUAUAUACUGUGCCCGUGUAAACUCUCUUAGUAGAGAGUUUUGGCUCCGCAUUGCAUGUCCUGCCCGUCGCAACCUUCUUUUCUAGAUUGUCUCUGCUAUGUCAUUUUUAUUAAACAUUUUUUGUAGCUAUCUGUUUUUCUUUCUUCUCCACUCUCCUGUGAUGUUAUCUUUUAUUGGACCAAAGAUCUUCCGUAAUAUUUUCCUUUCUAGUAUUAAGAACUUAUUUUCAUCUGAUUUCCUUAGUGCCCAGGUUUCCGAUCCGUACAAUAUCACUGGUCAUAUUAGGCUGGUAUGCAAACGUUUCUUUAUCUGUCUUGAUAAUGACCUUGAUCUUAAUAGCUUCACCAGACCAUAAUAAGUCUUGUUUCCCGCUUGGAUUCUCGCCGCUACUUCUUUGGUGAUGUCAUUUUUUUCGCUAACAAUUGAGCCAAGAUAUUUGAGAGAAUUAACUUUCUUAAAUUUAAAAUGAUCUACCUUCAAUAUGUAAUCCAUCCAAUUUUAUCUUUCUAUAACCAUACAUUUAGUUUUUUGUUCAUUAAUUUGUAGUCCUACUUUCUGUGCUGCAUCAUUGAGUCUUUCAUAGAACCGUUUUACUCCAUCUUGAGAUUUGUCCAUCAGCACUAUGUCAUCGGUGUGUAAUUGUCAUCGCCAAUAAGGGACUAGCUGAGUUCCAGAGUUUUAUUCCUUCUUUGGUUCAAUUUUUAUCUCUCUUAUUACUUUAUUCAAAAUCAGGUUGAAGAGAAUAGGUAAGAUGGAAUCACCCUGUCUAAGGCCGGAUUUCACUGUAACUGGAUCCGACUUCAUGUUUACGACUUUUAUUUUGACCACGGUUCCAUGAUGCUGAUUGAGACUAGAUUGACCAACUUCUGGGGGAAAUCAAACUCUUUCAAAAUAUUUAUGAGACUAUCCCUAUGAAUACUGUCGUAUGUUUUUUGAAAUCAACAAAUAACGUAUGCAUCUCUUUAUCAAAUUCCCAUGUUUUUUGGUAUAGUUGUCUAAUAAUAAAUAUUUGGUCCGUUGUUGACUUCCCCAGUUUAAAACCACCUUAAUACUUACCAAUUGUCUGCUCUGCCUUUUCCUUUAUUCUUGUUAAAAUACAGCUUGAGAAAACUUUGUAUGCCACAUUCAAUAGAGCAAUUCCCCUAUAAUUAUUGCGGUUUCGUUUAUUUACUUUUUUGUGUAUUUUGAUUUUGUAUUUGUUAUUUUUUGUAUAUUUUUAAAUGUUUUAAUUGAUAAAUAGUUAUUAAAAAUAUUAGGUUAUUAUAUAAUAUUAUUUCUGAAUAAUAAAUGGGUUUUUAAGGGCUUUUUGGUACUUGGGCCGCAUAAAAUUAGGUUGCACUCCCAUUAACAUAAUAUACCUAUUUACAGCACUGACUGUGAUAUUUACAAUAAGUAAAUAUUAGUGUGUAGUAUUUAUAAUUACACAAUUUCCACACUUAUACUACCUAUUAUAUAAAUCUAAAAAUAAUAAUUUACUGCAGGACUCAGUUCUUCUCAGUCGCCAUUAGAUUGAAUAAUAAUUCCCGUGGAGCUCAAAUUAUACUUAUGAUGCCAGUUGAUACAUGAUGUAUUAUAAGGUACUAGUGUUUUUUUCUUUAAUUUCAUAAUAAAAUUGUUAUGUGAAAGAAUUGUAUUAUAAGAAUUAUAUGAUUCUAAAUAAUUACAUAAUAGGUAUUGUAAAUUUAAUAUUAAAAUGAUUAUUUUGUGAAAAAAAAUAUUUGUUUACUAUUAUCAUUAGAUUUUCUUUUCAUUAAUUAGUGUUUAGUUUAUGACAUUGUAAUUUUAUAAUUAAUUGUUAUUAUCCUAAAAAUCCUAAAAUGAAAUAUACAAUUUUUCAUAUAGUAACAUAUUUUAUUAGAAAAUAUUUUAUUCCAAGUUACUUAUUAUCAGGUAUUAUCAGAUGAUUAAUUAUGUAAACUUUCAAUAGAUUGCAAUACUAAUUAUAGUGUAAUCUGGUACUUGUGUAUUAAAAUUAGAAAUAGCAAUUGUGUAUUUAAUUGUUUUUUUUAAUAAUUAUUCUAACUAAGAAAACAUUGUAUUCAGUAAAACAGCUGUUUCCAUUUUGUUUAUUAACAUUUUUAGAAAGAUACUAGACAAUAAUAUUUAACAUUUAAUUGAUUUUAACUAAAUAG